UCCUCUCUGAUCUCGCCACUGACAUCUGGUGGUCACAGUUUAUUAUUGCAGCUGCCCGUCCUUUAACGAGGAUCCAGUGUAUUCCGCCUUUUCCUCUCUAAUCUCGCCACUGACAUCUGGUGGUCACAGUUUAUUAUUGCAGCUGCCCGCCCCGUAAACGAGGAUCCAUUGUAUUACGUCUUUCCUCUCUGAUCUCGCCACUGACAUCUGGUGGCCACUGUUGGUUAUUGCAGCUGUCCUCCCCGCUACGCCUCCAUUCCCGGGACAUGUUUUUUUGUCGCAAUAUCCGCUUCCGCUUUACAUUCUAGGCGCAGAGGGCUGCAGGUUGCGGCCAUUUUUUUCCCAGCAUGCCUUUCCUCCACGGCUUUCGGAGGAUAAUAUUUGAAUACCAACCUCUGGUAGAUGAGAUCCUGGGAGCGGUGGGCAUCCAUGACCCGGAGCAGACGGAGGUGCCGCAGACCGAUGGAAGCUUCCUGGCCGCCGACAAGUUCCUCGCUUUAAAUGAACUGCUGGAGAGACAUUCCCAGUCUGCGUUUUACCGGGAGGGAAUAAGUUACUCACUUCUAAAGGUGGCGGAGCUGGGGCUGGUCCCUGCCGCUGAAAUCCUCCUCCAGUACGGGGCCGACCUCAGCUUUGAGGAUCCUGUGACAUACUACACACCUCUCCAUAUCGCAGUCCUCCGGAACCAGCCCGACAUGGUGGAGCUGCUGGUGCAGAGUGGAGCGGAUAUUAACAAGAGGGACCGGAUUCAUGAAAGUAGUCCUCUGGACCUGGCAUGUGAGGAGCUGGAGCGGCUGCCAUGUUUGCAGCGACUUCUUGAACUCGGAGCGGAUGUGAAUGCAGCCGACAAAAAUGGUAAGACGGCGCUGCUACAUGCGCUGGCCAGUAGUGAUGGCGUCCAGAUUCACAACACUGAAAACAUCCGCUUGUUGUUAGAAGGAGGUGCGGACGUAAAGGCCACGACCAAGGACUGCGACACCGUAUUUUCCAGCAUUAUCUUCCUAUUGGGAGAGACGGUUGGAUCUGAUAAAGAGGAGGCGAGGCUGAUCAACCGCUUCUGCUUCCGGGUCAGUCAGCUAUUGAUGGCCCACGGUGCCGACCCCAGCGAGUGCCCGUCCCACGAGUCCCUCACCCACACGUGCCUCAAGAGCUUCAAGCUCCACUUUCCGCUCCUGCGUUUCCUCCUGGAAUCCGGCGCCUCGUACAAUUGUUCCCAGCACGGCGCCUCCUGCUGGUCCGGCUUCCACAUAGUCUUUGACAGGCUAUGCACUUACCUGGGCAGCUGCGAGGACUGCGAUUCUGUGGACCUGCUGAACAAAGCCGAGAGCGUCCUGGAACUGAUGGUUGCCCAGUCUCAGAGGAUUUCCCUGCCCAGGAACUUUGACCUAAACACCUCGAGCUGUAGCGUCCAUGCAGACAAAGUGCAAGCCCUACACCAGUCCCUGAAACAGCUGGAGCAGGCGGCCCCCACCCUAAAGCAUUUGUGCAGGGUCUUCAUCCGCCAGAGGCUUAGGCCUUGGCCUGUGGAUGUCAAAGUGAAAUCGUUGCCCCUUCCAGACCGGCUGAAACUGUACCUUCUUAUCCACCCCGCCGCCGCCUCCUGCGAGGACGAUCUAUAACGGAGGAGACUUUGUCCGGCGUCUUUGAAUUCUGCAGCGCAGAGGUUCUCACCCCCUCCCAUGGAUGUUUCUCAUGCAUUCAUGAUCUUAUAGGGCAGUGUUUCCCAACCAGGGUGCCUCCAGAUGUUGC